UGUGGAAGCGUUGUAUAGUGACACGUAAACAUUGCCGGAAUCAGAAACAAAAAGAAAAGGCAACCUCAUCAUCACUUUCACCAUUGAAAGGUACAGAGUAGACGCUGCCAAUGUCCACUGUGCGAGUUCAAGUCUCGGCGUGCGCGCUUACCGCCACCGUCAACCACCUUCGCCUCCGCCCAAACGCCGUCGUUUCAUUCCCCAACAAUUUCGCUCUCAGGAAGAAGCCUCUCAGGGUGCUCUCAAUGUCCUCCCUUCCUCCUUCCCAACCCUUCGAAGUCGCCGUUAAAGCUUCCGUCACCACACCUAACAGGCUCGGCGAUUGCCCUUUUUGCCAAAGGGUGUUGUUGACACUGGAGGAAAAACAUCUUCCUUAUGACCCCAAGUUGGUGGAUUUGACCAACAAGCCAGAAUGGUUCCUUAAAGUUAAUCCUGACGGUAAAGUUCCUGUUAUAAAGUUUGAUGAGAAGUGGGUUCCCGAUUCAGAUGUUAUUACACAAACAUUGGAAGAGAAGUAUCCUAGCCCACCAUUGGUGACCCCACCUGAAAAGGCAACAGUGGGGUCAAAGAUCUUUUCUACAUUUAUUGGAUUUCUCAAGAGCAAGGAUCCCAAUGAUGGAACAGAGCAGGCAUUACUAACUGAAUUGAGCUCUUUCAAUGAUUACAUCAAGGAAAAUGGUCCUUUCAUCAACGGUAAAGAGAUAUCUGCUGCUGACCUUUCACUUGCACCAAAGCUAUACCAUUUGGAGAUUGCUUUGGGGCAUUAUAAGAAAUGGACAGUGCCUGAUUCACUUACCUAUUUGAAGUCUUAUACGAAGGCCAUUUUCUCGAGGGAAUCGUUCAUUAAAACAAGUGCACAACCACAGGAUGUCAUUGAAGGUUGGCGUCCUAAAGUGGAGGGCUAAUAUCCGCGGAUCAUGCACUAUCAUUUCCAUGAGAGUCUCAGCACUAUACCCCCAACAAAUAGAAAUCCAUCAAGAAUUCAAAACCUACAUUGUUUCGUGUAUUAUAUAGCCUUGUUCAUGCACUAUGGACUACGGAAUAAAUUAUGUAUUAAGAGUAGUUUGCCACAAAGAAUGUAGAAGACUGCAUUGCAUGUAGAUGAAAAUAGUUGCACUCCCUAAAAUAAAUAAGAAUUUACAUUUCUUAUUUUCCUUAA